AGAUCUGUCCUUUAGCUCUGCUCGCUGAUUAACACCUCUUACAGUCAGCGGGCUGAGCGGAUAGAUAUUCUGGAUUUAGUGUUUUCUCCUGGAUAGAGCGGAAUAAACUAAUUUAUACCUUAAAACACCAGUUUUAGAGUGUUGUUGCCCAGCUAGCCGCUGUGACAUUAGCUAAGCUAACCGAGCUGUGCAGCUGUUAACAUGGCUAAGGUGGCUUAGCUUAUUUGAGCUGUGGCUAGGCGCUGGUGUUAGCAUUACUGCAGCAGCAGAAACUGUUCUGGAGUCAGAGUUGACGAUGUCUCACAGUGAUGAGGGAUACGUGGUGCGCAUCCGUGGUUUACCCUGGUCGUGCACGCAGGAGGAAGUGGCCUCGUUUUUCUCUGACUGUGACAUUGUAGGCAAAGUGAAUGGGGUGUGCUUUACCUUCUCCAAGGAGGGAAGGCCCAGUGGAGAGGCAUUUGUGGAGCUGAAAACAGCAGAAGACUUCAAAAAGGCCCUUGUGAAAGAUCGCAAAUAUAUGGGCCAUCGAUAUAUUGAAGUGUUCAAGUCAAACCGCAGUGAGAUGGACUGGGUGCUGAAACGUUGUGGCCCAACAGACUACGACAGCUGUAGCGGCUGCAUGCUGAGACUGAGAGGACUGCCUUUCGGCUGCAGUAAAGAGGAGAUUGUGCAGUUCUUUGCAGGGUUGAAAAUCGUGCCAAAUGGGAUUACAUUGCCGAUGGACUACCAGGGGAGGAGCACAGGGGAAGCCUUCGUGCAGUUUGCCUCAAAGGAGAUAGCAGAAAAGGCUCUGGGGAAACACAAGGAAAGAAUAGGGCACAGGUACAUAGAGAUAUUCAAAAGCAGUCGAAAUGAAAUCCGUGCAUACUACGAAGUUCCUCGAAGAAUGAUGCCACAGAGGCCUAGUCCAUAUGACAGACCGAUGAUGGGUCGUGGGGGGUUCUUUGGUCCUGGACCUGGUAGGGGAGGCGCUGUUAUGGACCAGAUGCGUAGUGGAGGCGGCUACAGUGGUGGUUAUGGUGGCUUUGACAACUACAAUGGCUUCAACAACUAUUGCUUUGGUAAUGGGAUGUUUGAGGAGCGUGUGAGGGGUGACAGAGGAAGAGGAGGGAUGGGUGGUCACGGCUACAGUGCAGCAGAUUCUGGCUCUGGCUUUCACAGUGGACACUUUGUGCACAUGAGAGGCCUUCCCUUCCGAGCAACAGAGGGAGACAUAGCCAAUUUCUUUGCGCCGCUGAAUCCCAUUCGGGUACACAUUGAUGUUGGACCCAAUGGCAAGUCAACUGGCGAGGCAGACGUCGAGUUUGGAUCUCAUGAAGAUGCGGUAUCGGCCAUGUCAAAGGACAAGAAUCACAUGCAGCAUCGUUAUAUAGAGCUUUUCUUGAACUCAACCUCAAGUGGAGCAUCUGAAAUGGGUCGUGGUGGUGGAUUUUAUGGCAGUUCAGGAGGCAUGGGCUCUCGAGGAAGUGGACUGAGAGGCAUGUUCUGAAGAGAACUUGUUUUACAGGAAAUCUUUUUCUGCUGGAAGCUGAAAGGAUCUUUUGUACUGAGAUAUAUAUCACGUUCAUAUAAAAUUUAACCAGAGUUUUUCAAGUCUCAGACUGGAAUGAUAAAGUAUAAAGUAUAUAAAUAAUUAUAUAUAUAUAUAUAUAUAUAGUUGACCAGCAACUGUACAUUUUGCUUGUUAAAUUUAAUAAAGUUUCAGUUGUACUAUUGUUAUUUUAUCUAUUGGCAUAUGUGUGUAGAUCUGCAAUCUCAGAGGUCACUGUGAUAAUGGGCUGCAAUCUUUAUUUAAUAAGAUUAGCGAGCCUUUUUCCCCCCAGCAUUUUGUUUGGUCUGGCUGUUUAUUGUUUCUUAAUUAGUCACUUUAAUUGCAAAGGUAAUGUGUGAGAGAUGAUUGUUCCAUUAAUUUCUCAACAUUUUCAGCUUAAGAAAUGUUUCUUAUUAAAUAAACAUUUUAAAAUGUU